AUGGCUAGAUAUACAGAACUUGUUCCUUGCUAUCACUUUCACGCCGUUUUCUCCCGCUGGGCUGGUUCCUUCUGGGCGUUAUAUACCCAUCCAUCACACACCAGGAGUCAGUUCAGAGCCUGCAGUGAUCUUGCCAUGAAAACCCUAAUAUUCGCAUUAGUGGCAGCGGCAUUAGCUACAGCCCAACAGCUCCAACAAAGAAGCAGCAGGGAAAAUGAUCUGAAGCUCGCUCAGACAGGCCAAAUCCUGCAAAGAAGUUACUUCAUUCCAAGCUCUUUGAGAGAUAGUGAUCCUUCAAAUCCCAACAGUGAUGGCAGUUCCCUUUUCGGUUCUUCAGAAUCAAUUCAAAAUAGGUUCAGAACAGGCGUGGUAAAUGAAGCUCUAAGACAACUUGAUUUCCAGUCCGGCUUAGGUGCCAUCAACAGAAAUGGAGGCAGUGCGAAGCUCAGUGUGUCCAUGAGUAGUACUGAAUCCCAUUCUGAAAAAUCAGAUGGAACGGAGUCUCAAAAUGGCUCUCUUGAAGUUAUCUCUUCUCAGUUACUUAAUCAAGGAUUCCGCUCUCCUUUAUUCAGAACAAAUCAAAUCCAUGCCAACUUACCAGAUAACACCGGAAUAGAAUCAGGUACAUCAGUCAGUCUGACAGGCAACAAUGAAUUUCUGCCUAGUUCUUCAGAUGCUAGUGGGUUCCAUCCUGAAUCUACAUCUAAUGGUGGACUCCAGUAUAGCUCAAGAGAUAGCAGUGGUUUUCAGCCUAUUUCUCCAACUGGUAGCGGGGUUCUCGAAGGAGUAAUAAGCAGCAGUGCACUUCAGACAGAAUCAAGCAACUUUGGAUUACCAUCUGGUUCAACAGACAGCUCUCAGAUUCAUGGCAGUGAAUCAGGAUCUGGUCUCAGAUAUAGUGAUGAAGUUCAGCUUUAUUCAGUGCAAAAUGUUCCCUUUGAUAUCAGUUCAACGGGUCUCCAAUCUACACCCUUAAUUAUCAAUGAAUUCAAUUUGGGGCCUUCACGUGGUAGUGUACUCCAGCCAGGCUCACCCAGUGGUAAUGAAUUUCAGUCUGAUUCCUCAAGAGGCAAUGGAUUACAGUCUGGUUCUCCAACUAGCAGUGGCCUUCAGUUUGAACCCUCUGUAAGUAAUGGAUUCCAGUCUGGUUCACAAGAUGAGAGAACCUCUAGGUUUGAUCUAUCACUAGGCACAGGAUUUUCACUUAGCUCUCCAGGUGGCAAUAGAGUACAGUCUGGUACACCAAGUGACAAUAACUCCCGUCCUGGAUCUCUAGCUGAGAAUGAAUUCCACACUACUCAAACAAGUGACAGAGGAAGCCAGACUAUUUCAUUAACCAAUGGAUUUCAAGGUACUGGAGUCUUACCUGGCUCCUUAAGUGGAGUACAACACCUUUCUGGUUUAACAGCGCCUACAAGCAGCAAUAUCCACCCGGGCGAAAGUGGAUUUUAUUUUGCUCCUGUUAGAAACACCGAGACUCAAUCUAUUCCUGCUUCCAAUCCAACAAGCAGUGGUGUGAUGCAUUUCAGGCCAAAAGCCAGUACUGGAUUGCAACCUGAUUCACAAGCUGACAAAGUAUUCUACUCUGAAACUCCAAGUGAUGACAAGAUCCUUCCCAGUUCAGGCAGUGGCAACAGACUUCAACCAGUUUCAUCUAAUGGACCUCUGCCUACUUCAGGAUUACCCAUUAGUGGAGGAUUUCCUAUUGGUUCUGGCUUUGAACCAGCUUCUGGAAGCAGCGGGGGUCAGUUUGGUUUAGAUAGCACCAGAUUUCAGUCAGGUUCAUCAGGUAACGGUAGAUUUCAGCUUGCUCUGACAGGUAACAGACCUUCUCAUUCAGGUAACAAGGUAUUCCAGCCUGAUUCCAGCAUCAGUGGAAUCCUGUCUGGUCUGACAAGAGGAAGAACUGGAUCAGAACCUAAUCCAAACAAUCAAUUACAGUCAGAUUCAGUGAGGAGUAGAUUCCAUUCUAUUUCCAGUGGCAGUGAAUUCCAGUCUGGACUGGACAGCAGCAGGUUGUCAGAUACAACAGCUCAGUUUGGUUCAGGCAGCAGUAAAACACAGUUUGGCUCUGAUUCAGGGAACAGUGCGCCUCAGCAUGCUUCUAGAAGCAACAUACUCCAGAACGGCGAGGGCAACAGUAGACUGCAACCAGACUCAAGUGGUACUGGAUUAGACUCUGGUACAAGCAGCAAUACAUUGCAAACUGAUGUAAGGAGCAAUAGUUUCCAAUCAGGUUCAAGGAACAGUGGAAUCCAGUCUGGUUUGAGCAGUAAAGUCCAGUCUGGCUCAGACAGCAUUAGGUUCCAACCUGGUUUAGGUAAUGUAGGAAUCCAGGCUAACACAGGCAGCAAUAGAUUACAGACUGGUUCAAUCAGAAAUAAUCUUCAAUUAGCUUCAAACAACGGUGGUGUCCGAGCUGGAUCAGGCAGCAUUGGUGUGCAGCCUAUAUCUGGUAACAGUAACUUACAAACUAGUUCAGUCAGCAGAUUCCAAUCUGAUACAGGGAUCAGUGAAAUACAGGUUAAUUUAGGAAAUGGCAAAUUCCAGUCAAGUUCUGGCACUAAUGCAUUUCAAGCUGGUUCAGGCAGUAGAUUAGGAGCUGGUCUGGGUAGUAGUAUGCAGGCUGAUCAAAUUGAGUUGCAGGUUGGUCCAGGUGACAGACCGCAGCCUAGUUCUUCAAGUAGCAGUGGGUUUCAGCCAAUAUCAAGCCGUAACAAAGUUCAUUCAAGUUCAAGUGGCACAAGAGUCCAAGUUGGGCCAGGCAGAUUACAAGCUGAUUCUGGUAGCAGUAGGUUACAGACUGGAUUAGGAAGCAGUAGGUUACAAGCUGGUUCUAGCAACAGUAACAUACAAGCUGGGGUAGAAAGCAGCAAAAUAAAGACUAGUUCAGGCAGCAGUAGGUUCCAAUCUGGUUCAAAUAGCAAUAACUUACAGGGUGGUUUAGGAAGCAAUAGGCAACAGACUGGGUCAAGUGGCAGUAGAUUACAGGCUGGGUCAAGUGGCAGUAGAUUACAGUCUGGGUUCAGAAACAGCAGAUUAGAGUCUGGAUUAAGAAGUAGCAGUUUACAGUCUGGAUUAGGAAGUGCCAGUUUACAGUCUGGAUUUGGAAACAGUAGAUCACAGGCUAAUUUAGGAAACAGUAGAUCACAGGCAAGUUUAGGAAACAGUAGGAUACAGACUAGUUCAGGAAGCAGCAGGUUACAGGCUGGUUUGGGAAGCAGCAGAUUACAGGCUGGUUCAGGAAGCAGUAGUUCACAGGCUGGUUCAGGAAGCAAUAGGCCACAACCUAGUUCAGGAACCAGUAGGGCACAGGCUGGUUCAGUAAGCAAUAGGCCACAACCUAGUUCAGGAACCAGUAGGGCACAGGCUGGUUCAGGAAGCAAUAAGUUACGGGCUGAAUUAGGAAGCAAUAGAUUCCAAUCUAGUCUAGGUAGCACAAAAGUCCAGGCUGGAACAGGUAUUAGUAGAUUCCAACUGAAUUUAGGCAACAGUAGAUUCCAAACAGAAACAAGAACAGGGUUUAUACCAAAUUCAAGAAGCAGUUUCCAAUCAGAUUCGAGAAGAAAUGGAUUCAAGUCUAGCAGCAGCUUUCCAUUCGGUUCAAGAGGUGGCGCUCAGUUUGGUUCGGGCAGCAGAGGAUUUCAGUCUGCUUCAAGCGGCAGUAGUCUUCAGUCUAGUUCAGGUAGUAAUCAGUUCAAGACAGGUGCCGUAAAUGGAUUCCAGUCUGGUUCUUCCGACUCAAGUGGGGUAACUGCUGAGCCCCUGAACCUUCCAGCUGAAGCAUCUAAAUUGCUUGGGAAGAUCUCGACCUCCUUUACCUGUCAAGGCCGUCCUUAUGGAUACUAUGCUGAUCAAGAGAACUCAUGUCGAAUUUACCACGUCUGUUAUCCUGCCCUCUUCGCUAAUGGUGCUACUGAGACCUCCCAGUACAGCUUCCUAUGUAGCGAGGGAUCAGUGUUCGACCAGAAGACACUCGCAUGUGUUGCAGAGACAGAUGCCAUUCCCUGCCAGGAAUCUUCUAGCUACUUCUUCACUAAUGAACAGUUCGGGAUCCCUGCUGAUAGGAGAGCCUGAUGGAAAGACUUUAGAAGCAUCUGUUCCAUGAGAAGCAUUGUUGUUGAUUUAAUUUGUUCCUGUAUAGCUAUAUAAUAGUA